CUUUCUAGAGGCGCCAAAUCCGCUGCGGACAGAAACACAACACGAAGUUUUUUUUAAGGCAACCUGCACAGUCUAAAUAGCCAGCUGUCAUGGACCUCGGCCCCUUUGAAACAGACAACUCUGUCAGCUGCCGGCUGAGCUCUCAGGUCCCUGAUGUGUGCCGGACUGAGGACUGCUGUCUGGGCAUCGACGAGGCGGGCAGGGGCCCCGUGCUGGGGCCCAUGGUGUAUGGAAUAUGUUUCUGUCCAGUUUCCAAAAAGGAGGAGCUGAAGAACUUGAAAGUGGCAGAUUCAAAGACACUCUCAGAAGCAGAACGAGAGAAUCUUUUCCAAAAACUGGAUGAAGCCAAAAGUUUUGUAGGCUGGGCUCUGCAGAUUCUUUCACCAAACACCAUCUCCACCAGCAUGUUACAGAGGACAAAAUACAACCUCAACGCUCUUUCACAUGAUACAGCAAUCGGCCUAGUUCAGUAUGCUUUGGACAGUGGAGUUCAGCUCACAGAGGUAUAUGUGGACACAGUUGGCCCAGCAGAGAAAUAUGAGGAGAAACUCUCAAAGCUGUUUCCAGGUAUCACUGUGACUGUGAGGCCAAAGGCUGACUCCCUCUUCCCCAUCGUCAGUGCAGCCAGUAUCUGUGCAAAGGUGGCCAGGGAUCGCGUUGUGAAGACCUGGAACUUUGCUGAGGACUUGGGAGAUGUGGAUACAGACUACGGCUCAGGAUACCCAAACGACCCCAAAACUAAAGCAUGGCUCCUGAAGUACCUGGAUCCAGUGUUCGGUUACCCCCAGUUUGUUCGAUUUAGUUGGAGCACUGCCCAAACCCUGAUGGAGAGCAAGGGUGUGACUGUCCACUGGGACGACGAGGACGAGGACGGGGAGAAGGCAGCCCAGCGGCAGAACAACAGAUCCAUGUUGUCCUACUUUGGUGCAUCAGCAGGAGGUAACGCCCAAAACCCGACCCACCAGACACACCGCUUCUUCACUGAGCGGAGGUUGAAGAGCCUCGACACACUCUGAAGACCAAACAGUAGAGGACACACACACACGCACAGAUGGGAACUGAUACACACUUUCUGAGAUUUUCAUGUGCAGUCCGAACAGUUGGGUCUUCAGCACAGACGUGGACUGAUAAAACAUUGCAGACAUGUUAUGUUUGUAUCACCAGUGCAGACCUAAAUGAUCUAUCUUUAUUUUUCCUUUUUGUAUUUGUUUUUUAAUACAUAAAAAUGAUCUUUAAAAGUCA